GAUUUGCGUCCGACGCGAACGGCGAGCUCGCGCACGUCAUUCCGCCGAUCGCGUCGAUUCGUCAUCGGUUUUUUUUUCUCUUUUUGUUUUGACGAAAUUAAAGGGCCGCGAAUCUCACGUCGAUCGGCCGCGAAUCGCCGGAGCAAUCGCGUCACGUUGACAUCUGGCGGCCGAGCUCGCUCACUAAGAACAACAUUCCCGUGCGCGGUCGAACGCGGUCGUGAUGCCAAUCGUACAUACGUAGACGCACGUUUCUCGGAAUCCGGGAAACGCGAGGCCGGGCGAGACAGAUUAAAAAAAAAAAAUGCACGCCUAGAAUCGCGCGGUAUCGUAAUUAACGAACGAACAACGAUGGUCGUCCUACUCUCGCAGCUCCUGUGAGCUUCCCGCGGAUCGAUCGAGUGUUGCGACUUAACCUAUUCACCAUACAUUUCUACUUUCAUGCUGCUCUGCAACCGUAAAUCGUUUCAAAAUGAUGCAACAAUAUAUGAAGGAGCUGGAGCAGGAUCCAUUUGACCCCGAAGAAUUUGUCGAGAGACUAGCCUGGAGGACCGUCAACGAUAACACGAAAGAUGGGGGAAAGACGUUUUUCGACCCGGUUAUCGUCCACGAGACCUUUUUGCAAGCGAUUAAAGACUUACAGAUACUGCAGGAACGCCAGCAAAAGAAGUGCGACAGACUGGAGGCUGCGCUGAAGGAGGAGGAGGCUCGGCAUACGUUUGAGAUAUUGGAAUUGCAGGAGAGAAACAGGCACUCGAUCGACUUGUUCCAUCAGUUGGACGAGAGGAUAAACCUCGUGGCCACGAAAGUCCUGCAUCUGGGUGAUCAGUUGGAAAGCGUCAAUACGCCGCGGGCGCGGGCGGUCGAGGCGCAAAAGUUGAUGAGACACUUCUCGGAAUUUCUGAGCCCCGGUCCACUGACGGAUCCGAUUUUCACAGAUAAAUCCUCGCUGAACGAUGCCGCGGACGUGAUACAGAAACUCCAUCUCAUAGCCCAGGAGCUUCCCUCGGAGAAAUUCGAACACGCGAAGAAGAAGAUCGGCGUCAAGUACGACGAGAUAGAGCGGAAUCUGAUCGAGGAGUUCGUGAGGGCGCACAACAGGGAGGACGCGCCGCGUAUGAGGGAAUUGGCGAGCACCCUGGCGAAUUUCAAGGGCUACUCGCAGUGCAUCGACGCGUUUAUAGAGCAAAGUCAAAUGGGCUCCUUCGGCGGGAAGGACGUCUUCCAGGACGUCAUACCCAUGUGCACGAAGUAUCACAAGCUUAUGCAACAGGUGUUCACCAAUCCCGAGCAAGUGAUGGCCAAGUUUGUCCUGAACAUAUAUCAUCUGCGCCUUCAAAAGUACGCGGUGGCCAAGCUGGCGGACAAGAGCGACUCCGAGAAGUAUCUCAGAAAUCUGUACGACCUGUACACGAGGACGGUCAAGCUGUCCAACGAUCUGAAGGUCUUCAAUAUGGGCACCGACGAAACUUACCUUCCCAAGCUUACCAGAAACAUCUUUCAGAAAUAUUUAGAUACUUAUAUCAGUAUCGAAACGAAGGCAUUUCGGGAGAAGUCGGCGACGUUGCUUAUCGAGUACUACGAAUCCAAGAAUCAUCAGAAGAAGCAGCUGCAGACGGGCGGCUUUCAGGAGCUGCGUAGAGACUUGCAGGCUGUACUGGGUGCACGAACGAAUAUAAACAUUGCUCAAAUAGAGGAUUACGGGGGCGAGACGUUUUUGUCGGAGGAACUGGCGAUCGCGAUACUCCAGAGAAGCAAGCAGGCGUUUCAGAGAUGUCAAUUACUCUCGCAGUCCGUCGACGUGCCCGCGAAUGCGCUGCAGAUCCUGGAGAUACUGUUGCAGUAUUUAAUAAGCGAGCACGUGGACUACGCGCUGGAAUUGGGCCUGCAAAGUGUACCGAUACCCGAGAGCAGGACUCAGCCGGAGAUUUAUUUCUUUAACGUGGUGCACCAGUGUAACGCGAUCGUACGACUCUUGGAGGAGCAAUUCAACGACAGUGUACUGCCACUUGUUGUUUCGACACCCAAACACGCCGAUUGUUUGCUGAAGAAAAAAGCGGUGCUGGAGCAAAUAGACGUCAAGCUGGACACCGGCUUGGACAGAAGCAUAAACGCCAUUGUCGGUUGGGUAAAGGUAUAUUUACAAAGCGAACAAAAGAAGACUGACUUCAAGCCGGAAACCGAUGUGGACACCGUGAAUACUCCAGCCUGUCUAGUGGUGGUGCAGUACGCGAGCGGGAUGAUACGGCUGAUACGAAAUACGCUGGACGGCAGGCAUUUGGAUACCGCACUCAAGGAACUGGGAAUACGAUUCCACAAGAUUAUCUACGAUCACUUGCAGCAAUUUCAGUUUAACUCCGCCGGCGCUAUGUGCGCGAUAUGCGACAUGAACGAGUAUCGCAAAUGCAUCAAAGAGCUCGAGGUUGAAUUUGUUACGAAUCUCUUUGACACACUGCACGCCUUGUGCAACUUGCUGCUGGUCAAGCCGGAAAAUCUGAAGCAAGUUUGCACGGGUGAUCAACUGAUGACACUCGAUCGUACCGUUCUACUUAAUUUCAUUCAAUUAAGGACUGAUUACAAAACACAGAAGUUAGCCAAUUGUUUAAAAGGUAUAACAACCUAAUGACAUACUCUGCUUAAAUAAAAACGAAAAUACUCCGUG